GUUCCAGACGACCUGGUGGGCCCCGCGGGCGCCAGCGCGACGGCGGCCCCCAACGUGCUGUGGAGGGGGCUCAAGGACGACAAUGUCGUCCUCGCCAGGGUCGUCAAGAAGAACAGGGUGGAGUGGCUGCAGCUGUGGCAGAAUCCUCGGUCGCAGGUGCUGCAGUUGCUGCCCAGGCCCGACUCGAACUUCGAGAAGGCCAAGACGUGGCUCGUGGACGCGGCCAAGAGGUACAGCUCUGGCCAGUCCACGAAGGCGGAGCUCGAGGCCGAGAAGCAGCAGUUCAUCCAGAAGGAGACGGCCGCGAUGAAGCGGCCCGCGGCGGCGUUCUCCGGCAUGGCGAAACGGUGCAAAGUCGACGACGAUGAGGAGGCGGAGGAGGAGGAGGAGGCGGGCGAGCAUGCAGCUGCGGAUGCCGAGGACGCCGAAGACGGCGAGGACGGUGACGGCGUGGAGGACGGUGGCGACAUGGAGGACGCGGAGCAGCCCGCGGUGGGCAAGAAACCAGCGGCCAACGUCGGCGAGAAGAAGCCCGUGACCGUGCAGAAGAAGCCCGUGACCGUGCAGCAGGUGAAGCCCACGACCGCGCAGCAGGUGAAGCCCGUGACCGUGCAGCAGGCGCAGCAGGUGCCGCUGGACGAGACCGCGAUCGCGCCGCUGGACAGGGCGGUGAUCGCGACUGCCAAGCCGCAGACGCACGAGGAGCGGACGCCCGAGCGGGCACCCGAGCCUGCAGUCGCACCUCCGUGCGGUGAAAUCCCAGAGGGGGCGUUUGGCUUCUUCUGA